CUUUUCAUUACAACAGACACAGAAUUCAGAAUACAUUUGUUCAGAAGUUACGCAAAAACAAGCACCAUGAAUGCUGAAAAAGAUGCUGAUUAUGACAACACUUGCAAUGGAGAGAAAAGAGUUCAGCAGGAGAGACCACAUUCACCUGUCCUCAGUGUUUUAUCCAUGAAGAGUGACAAAUUAAUGAAAAUGCCUAUUCAGUUAAAAGCUGAAGAUUCGCUGUUUAACCAAAGCCCUGAGGAGAAAUCAGAUUCACCUGUACCCAGUGUUUUGUCCAUGAAAAGUGACAAGUCGAUGAAAAUGCCUAUUCAGUUAAAAGAUGGAGAAUGUUUGUUUGAUCAAAGUGCUCUGGAGAGAUCACAUUCACCUGAUCCCAGUGUUUGGUCCCUGAAAAGCGACAAGUCGAUGAAAAUGCCAAUUCAGUUAAAAGAUGGAGAUUCUGUAUCUGAUCAAAGUUUUGAGGAAAGAUCACAUUCACCUGAUCCCAGUGUUUUGUCCCUGAAAAGUGACAAGUCGAUGAAAAUGCCAAUUCAGUUAAAAGAUGGAGAUUCUGUAUCUGAUCAAAGUUCUGAGGAAAGAUCACAUUCACCUGAUUCCAGUGUUUUGUCCCUAAAAAGUGAUAAGUCGAUGAAAAUGCCAAUUCAGUUAAAAGAUGGACAAUCUGUAUCUCAUCAAAGUUCACUGUUGAAAUCACAUUCACCUGAUUACAGUUCAACACAAAUCACAAUUCAUAUGAGAGAUGAAAAAAAUCUACCACACCAGAGGCAUGAGCUGCAAAUACAUGAUCGAGAGAUCCAACAAAGAUUAAAAUCUUACAUUAAAAGGAAACAUCAGUACAUUUUUGAAGGAUUGGAAAAGCAGGGAAACCCAACACUCUUGAACCAGAUCUACACUGAGCUCUACAUCAUAGAAGAAGAAGCUGGAGGGAUCAGUAAUAAACAUGAGUUUACUAGGAUAGAAAAAACCUUUACUGCAGCAGGAGCAACAAUACCAAUCAAAUGCAGUGACAUCUUUAGAGCUUUACCUGGACAAGACAAACCCAUCAGAACUGUGCUGACAAAGGGAGUCGCUGGUAUUGGAAAAACAGUCUCUGUGCAGAAGUUCAUCCUGGACUGGGCUGAAGGGAAAGAGAAUCAGGACGUCCAGCUCUUAUUUCCACUUCCUUUCAGAGAGAUCAAUCUGAUAAAGGACAAAAAGUUCAGUCUAGUCAGUCUUCUUCAAACCUUCUUGAUGAGAGAGACAAAUUUACAUUUGAUUCAAAACUCCUCUGUUGUUUUCAUCUUUGAUGGUCUGGACGAGUGCCGUCUUCCCUUAAACUUUCAAAGCAAUGAGACUCUACAGGAUGUGACCAAAGAGACAUCAGUGGACGUGCUGCUGACGAACCUCAUUGUGGGGAAUCUGCUUCCCUCUGCUCUGAUCUGGAUCACCUCCAGACCAGCAGCAGCUGAUCUCGUCCCCUCUGAGUGUGUCCAUCGAGUGACAGAGGUACGAGGCUUCAAUGAUCCACAGAAGGAGGAAUACUUCAGGAAAAUCAGUGAUCAGAGUCUGGCCGAUAGGAUCAUCUCACACCUGAAGUCAUCAAGGAGCCUCUUCAUCAUGUGCCACAUCCCAGUGUGUGUUUUCUGCUGGAUCUCAGCCGCUGUUCUGGAGAAGAUGUUGAGUCGAGCAGAGAGUGGAGAGAUUCCCAAGACUCUCACUCAGAUGUACACACACUUCCUGAUGGCACAGAUUAACAUCAAAGACACAAAGUACAAUGAGAAGAAGAGCAAAGAUAAAGAGAUGAUUCUCAAACUGGGGAAACUGGCAUAUGAGCAGCUGGAUAGAGGCAACCUGAUCUUCUAUGAGGAAGACCUGAGAGAGUGUGGCAUUGAUGUGACAGAAGCAUCAGUGUACUCAGGAUUGUGCUCUCAGAUCUUCAGAGAGGAGUUUGGCUUGUAUCAGGGAAAAGUCUUCUGCUUUGUUCAUCUGAGCGUUCAGGAACAUCUAGCAGCUCUAUAUGUGCAUCUCUCCUUCCACAACAGCAGAAUAAACGUGCUUGAAGCACAUGAAUCUGGAUCGCCGGUGACAAUGUUGAGUUUACACAAGUGUGCGGUCAAAAAAGCCUUUGGGAGUAGGAAUGGACAUCUUGAUCUUUUCCUUCGCUUUCUCAUGGGACUUUCACUGGAAUCAAAUCACAGUCUUCUAGAAGGGCUUUUGGUGACAAAGACAGACAGCUCCCUGGAAAGAGAGAAAACUAUUGAGUAUCUCAAACAAGAAUUAAAAGAACAGUUGUGCCCAAAUGAUUGCGUCCUUCUGUUUCACUGUUUAAAUGAACUUAAUGACCAUUCUCUGACUGAUGAAUCCCAAAGCUGUGAAAAACAAAACAUGUCCCCAGCUCUCUGGCGAGCUUUGGUGUAUAAAUUAAUGACAUCUGAUCAGAGGUCUGAAGAGUUUGAACUUCAGAAAUAUGGCAGAUCAGAUGACAUCUUAGAAUGGCUGCAUACUGUUAUCAAGUUAUUCACAAAGGCCCGGUUGAAUGACUGUAAUCUCACAUAUAAAGGCUGUGCAUUGCUGACUACGGUUCUUACAUCACUAUCCAAUGUGAGAGAGCUGGACCUGAGCAACAACAACCUGCAGGACUCAGGAGUAGAAAUACUCUGUGUCGGGGUUAAUAGAUCGCCCAGCGGAGCAGAAUUUUUAAGAAAAAGGGAAAUGGAAAGAAAGAUGCACUCACAUAGCCAGCAUAAACAUGGGAAUGAAGAAAGUCAAUUACAUUUCCAUCACAGAACUGCUGGACUACAGGACAAAGAUUGCAGCCUGAAAUCUCUGAAAAUAAAGGACAUAGAAAGAAAGAUGCACAACAAAGGUUUAGCAUCAACAUGUGGAUCCCAUAAUCAGCAUAAACAUGGAAACGAAGAAAUUCACUUUCAUUUGCAUCAUAGAACUGCUGGACUACAGGACACGGAGUGCAGUCUGAAAUCUCUGAAAUUGGAAAAAUGUGGAAUGACUGAGAGAAGCUGCACUGCUCUGGCUUCAGCUCUCAGCUCAAAGACCUGCAGUCUGACAGAUCUGGAUCUGAGCAUUAAUGAUCUACAAGACUCAGGCGUGAAGAAGCUCUGUGCUGGACUGCAGAAUCCUCACUGUACACUAGAGAAGCUCAGGUUGUCCAACUGUAAUGUAACACAUGAAGGAGUGACAGCAUUGACUGAAGCUCUGAAAUCAAAUCCAUCCCACCUGAAAGAACUUGAUCUGGCUAAGAAUGACCUGGAAGAAUCAGAUUUGAAAGUCCUCUCUAUAAUACUGGACACAUCAUAAAAAGAAACAAAAUGAACAGAAAUCUUUAAGAACACUAAUUAGGAAGAUAAUUCCUAAACUGGUUACAAAUAAAAAGGCUAGAGCAAAGCAUAGAGGAAAACCAGUACACUCACCAUACAUGCUCCAGUUGGUUUAGUCCAGAGGGUCUCCAUUUUUUAGAAGCCGCCAUCCAUUUGAAAACAGGAGAUAUCAAUCUGCAGUGUUUUAGACUGCUGUGAAAAGGAAAAGAAAAAACAUUUUAUGUAUCUAUUUCAGCCUUUUCUGAAUUGUAACAAAACGUUUUUUAUAAAACCAAUGAAAAAUGCAUGUUCUUUGACGCUUUCAUUGUUUUGUUGAAUAACAAAAAGCACUCCCUGUUGAAAAUAAAAAUCGUAAAACUUUU